GCAAGAUGUCUGUGAAGUGGACAUCAGUCAUCCUGUGGAUACAGUUGAUGUCCUUGUUUAGGUUGGGAACUUGUGGGAAAGUGCUGGUGUGGCCCAUGGAAUACAGCCAUUGGAUUAAUAUGAAGACAAUCCUGGAUGAACUUGUCUUGCGAGGUCAUGAGGUGACGGUUCUGGUGUCUUCAGCUUCCAUUCUCAUCGAUCCCAGCCAAUCAUCUGCUAUUAAGUUUGAGAGUUUCUCUACAUCUAUGACUAAAGAGAGUUUGGAAAAAUUUUUUUCAAAUUGGAUUAGCCAAUGGACACAUAAUGUUCAAGACAUAUCACUUUGGACAUUCCAUUCAGAUAUACAAGAGGCAUUCAUGCAAUCUUCUGAUAUGAUCCAGGAUUUCUGCAGAGAUGCGGUUUUGAACAAGAGUCUCAUGGCAAAGCUACGAGCAUCUAAGUUUGAUGUGGUUCUCGCAGAUGCCAUUAGUCCCUGUGGUGAGCUGCUGGCCGAGCUCCUUAACACAUCCUUAGUGUACACGCUGCGCUUCACUCCUGGGUACACGUAUGAAAAGUACAGCGCGGGCCUUCCAUUCCCUCCGUCCUACGUCCCUGUUGUUCUGUCAGAAUUGAGUCAUCAGAUGACAUUCAUGGAGCGGGUGAAGAACAUGAUUUAUGUUCUGUAUUUUGACUUUUGCUUCCAAACAGUGAAUGAGAAGAAGUGGAAUCAGUUUUACAGUGAAGUCCUGGGAAGACCCACGACAUUAUUUGAGACAAUGAGUAAAGCAGACAUAUGGCUCAUUCGGAUGUACUGGGAUUUGGAAUUUCCUCGUCCACUCUUACCCAAUGUUCACUUUGUUGGAGGACUCCACUGCAAACCUGCCAAACCUCUGCCGAAGGAAAUGGAGGACUUUGUGCAGAGUUCUGGAGAGGAUGGCAUUGUGGUAUUUUCUCUGGGGUCUAUGGUCAGUACCCUGACAGAAGAAAAGGCCAAUUUGAUCGCAUCAGCCCUGGCACAGAUUCCACAGAAGGUUAUAUGGAGAUUUGAUGGCAAGAAGCCAGACACCUUGGGCUCCAAUACUCGGCUCUACAAGUGGAUCCCCCAGAACGACCUUCUUGGUCAUCCCAAAACAAAAGCUUUUAUAGCUCACGGUGGCACCAAUGGUCUCUAUGAGGCAAUCUAUCAUGGCAUCCCAGUGGUCGGCAUUCCUCUGUUUGCGGAUCAGCCUGAUAACAUUGCUCACAUGAUUUCCAAGGGAGCAGCAGUUAGAGUGGACUUCAACACAAUAUCCAGUGCUGAUCUCCUCUCUGCCCUGAGGACAGUCCUGAAUGACCCGUCCUACAAGGAGAACGCCAUGAGGUUAUCCAGAAUCCACCACGACCAGCCGGUGAAGCCCCUGGACCGCGCCGUCUUCUGGAUCGAGUUUGUCAUGCGCCACAAGGGGGCCAAGCACCUCCGCCCAGCCCUGCAUGACCUCUCCUGGUUCCAGUACCACUCGCUGGAUGUGCUCGGCUUCCUGCUGGCCUGUGUGCUGUCUGUGGUAUUUGUCAUCACUAAGUGUUGUCUGCUCUGUUGUGGGAAGUUUGUGAAAACUGGAAAGAAGGAGAAAAGGGCGUAGUGUGUGGAAUCUGGAAGCGGAAGUCCUGAUAAGCCUCUCUGCCAGGUGUUCUCCAGCAGGAAGAGGUGGAGUUUCCAGAUUUUGUUCCUUCUGGAGCAAGACAAGUUUUCUGGUUCCUCUUUCAACAGAAACUUACUGUGUCAAGGGUUGAUCUGCUUUGAAUCUUUGUGUGUGAGAAAUUUGCAAAAGGGACAAUGAAUAAACAUGGGAAUCAGGAUGUAGAAAAAGGUAAUCUUCCAUGAGUGAAUUUUCAAGCUUGAAAUGGCCUUGCCUUUAUCUGUAAACUUUGGUAUUGGCUUUGAAUUUUGCGUACCAUGUCUAUUAGCAGUUGCAGAGUUCUGUUCACACCUCAAAGCCAGUUAAUAAACACAUGGUAUUAAUUUGUUAAAACAAAUACGGGGGCUGGGGAAAUGACUGAGCAGUUAAGGCUCUUGUCUGUGAAACUUAAGGACCCUGGUUUGACUCCCCAGGUCCCAUGUAAGCCAGGUGCUCAAGGGGGAGCAUAU